UUCAUACAGACCACGAAUUUUCCUGUAUUGAAAUCGAAGAUGAAGGCUUUGGUUUUUGGUGUCGUUUGCUGCCUCGUCGCUCUCAUGUUCACCCAAGCAGAGGGAAUAAAGCGUCGUACUGUUGGCUGUCCCCCACCAUCAAGACGCGUUUGUCCAGCGGGUGAAUCGAGCACUGAUGACUGCAGCAAGUACAAACCUUGUCCAGGGUGUUUUUUAUGCUGUCAACAUCCUUGUGCUAUGAGAUGCUACGAUCCGAUCACACAACACUUCUACCGCUAUCCACAGAUAGAUUUUUCCUAGAUAGCUGAAGCACUGAAAAAUAGGACUCAGGUCACUGGAAAAUAGAAUCGCCAACUUGGGAGUUCUCCAGAGCUCAUCACUGGGACCAUAAUCAUCAC